ACAGGAAACAGAGGGGCUGCCUCGGAUUUCAGAAUGGCUAGCAGUAUACUGAAGAGACGUUUGAGAGAGGCAGUUCGUGUGUUGGGCAGCGGUACAUGCCUGUUUUUCACAUAUUGUACUGUUAUCGGGGAUGAGAAGUUUUAUGCCAGACACCUGAUGCCUGCUCUGCAGAAGGUUGUGGAUCCAGAAACCUCACAUACUCUUGCCAUCUGGUUUAUUUCCAAGGGAUUCAUCCCACGGGCAAAAUGUAGGGACUCCACCAGCCUGGAGGUCAAUGUUUUUGGCCAAAAGUUCAAGAACCCAGUGGGAAUUGCAGCUGGGUUUGACAAACAUGGGGAGGCAGUGGAUGGUCUUUACAAGCUAGGAUUUGGAUUUGUGGAGGUGGGAACUGUCACUCCACAACCCCAGGAUGGAAAUCCCAAACCCAGGGUCUUCAGACUGGCAUCUGAUCAGGCUGUUAUCAACAGAUAUGGUUUUAAUAGUCAUGGUUCUAUUGCUGUACAGCAGAGGCUUCAAGCUCGGUCAGAAACCCAGGAACAGCUUACAAAAGUGGGGAGACCUUUGGGUAUAAAUCUUGGGAAGAACAAGCUGUCUCAAGAUGCUGCGGCUGACUAUGUGAAAGGGGUCCAGCAGCUGGGUCCAUUAGCUGACUAUCUGGUUGUGAAUCUGUCCAGUCCCAACACCCCAGGUUUGAGAGCGCUUCAGAGCAAGAAGGAGCUGAGGACUCUGUUGGAGAAGGUGUUGAAGGAAAGAGACUCUCUAACUGUCAACCGGAAGCCAGCUAUACUUUUAAAAAUAGCUCCAGAUCUGACAGCUCAAGAUAAAAAAGACAUUGCUGGUGUUGUAAUGGAGCUGGGAGUUGAUGGUCUCAUUGUGACAAACACAACAGUCAGCAGGCCGCGGUCUCUUCAAGACCCACAACAGGCUCAAUCUGGGGGCCUGAGUGGAGCACCACUGAAGGAAAUGUCAACACAGACUGUGAACGAGAUGUAUUCACUAACCAAAGGAAGAAUCCCUAUUAUAGGAGUCGGUGGGAUCAGCAAUGGAGCUGAUGCCCUUGAAAAGAUCCGAGCAGGAGCCACUUUGAUUCAGUUGUACACAGCCUUCGUUUAUCAAGGGCCCCCUGUGGUGAACAAAAUCAAACGUGAACUAGAGCAGCUGUUAAAGGAACAAGGAUUUUCCAGUAUUGCUGAAGCAGUUGGUGCAGAUCACAGGUCGUGAGAGAUACAGUUGCUAGUACUCGUUACAGUGUUCAAGAUGGGCCUGUUGCUGCAGUCACAGCAGCUACUGUGUAGUUGCAGGGCAACUACAAUGGGUUAGGCCCUGAUGAACUCAAGGUGAUAACUGAUGUCCUUCAUCAGUUUGAACACUACUAGAUAAGAAGAAUGAGAAGACCUCGCAGCUACACAGAAGAAUAUCCCUUGGGGAUCACAAGCAGCUGAAGUUUUGUACCAGAUAAUGUGAUAGGUUUGACAGACAAUCCAUGGAGUGAUAAAAUAAAGAAAUGGGAUUUUAGUGAGCAAAAUUUGUCAAAGAUAAAUUAACAGUAUAAGUAUUGUAUCCUCGCCCAGAGAUUCAUAUAAUCAUGGAGAUGUACCGCCCGGAAACAGACCCUUUUGUCCAACUCAUCCAUGCUGACUAGAUACCCCAACCCAAUCUAGUCCUACCUCCCAGCACCCCACCCAUAUCCUUCCAAACCCUUCCUAUUCAGAUACCCAUUCAGAUGCCUUUUAAAUGUUGCAAUCGUACUAGCCUCCACCACUUCCUCUGGCAGCUCAUUCCGUACACAUACCACCCUCUGCAUGAGGAAGUUGCCCCUCAGGUCCCUUUUACAUCUUAACCCUCUCACCCUAAGUCUAUGCCCUCUAGUUCUGGACUCCUCCACCCCAGGGGAGAGACUUUGUCUAUUUAUCCUAUCCAUGCCCCUCAUGAUUUUAUAAACCCCUAUAGCGUCACGCCUCAGACACUCCAGGGAAAACAGACCCAGCCUAUUCAUCCUCUCCAUAUAGCUCAAAUCCUUCCAACCUGGCAACAUGCAUGUAAAUCUUUUCUGAACCUUUUCUAGUUUCACAACAUCCU